AGUCGUUCAACGAUCGCGCCACAGGCAACAGGUGUUUCUUUUACUUGCAACAAAUUUACAAAAGUCACCUUUUCCUAAACCAAAAACACAUCAACCAAAUUUUAAAAGACACUAUAAAUUAUAAAGUGUGUUAAGUCACGUUUUAUCAACCAAACACUUGAAAUGCAGAGUUCAAUAUUAUUUAAUGUUUAUUUAUUGAUAAAUUAAAUUGUGCAGUGAUCAGUGAAUUUAGAAAAAAGUUUAUAAUGGUCAAAAUGUAUGUAACACCAUGCAUGGGCAUAGUCGCUGCUGGUUUCGCUUCCUGUAUUUGUUUUCUACUGAUAAACAGCCUCAGGAAAGGACGAGCUACAGAAUCGAAUAAAAAACGAAAAAAAAGUUCUUUAUUGGAUGACAGUCGGUGCGCCUGUUGCCUGAGACCUCUCUUGAUUGAUCACAGUGUGGAUUGCAUUGAUUGCGGGACAAAAUCUUGUCGAAAAAGCUGUUCAAGUUGGAAUCAGGAGGAGGAGACUUGGUACUGUCUUUUCUGUCGUCAGCGAAGAACGUGGUUGAUAAAAAACAAGAGUUGGAUCGAAACAAUUUGCGGAGUUUCUGGAAUUCUUGAGUCAUCGACAACGUUCAAUACGGCAAGAUCUCAAAGUUCAAAAACAGAAGUUGAGCAUGCGGCGAUUAGUCACAACUUGGAUUUGGCUGCGGGUGGCGAACAGGAGGGAAAUUCGGUGGAAACUGUUCGAGAUAUAGUGGAAAAAAUAGUAGAGGGUCUAGUUGGAAAUGUGGACAAUUCUCCUGUUGAUCGAAUUUACAAUCAUCCUGCAUAUGAUCAGCUUAUGGAAAAAUAUUCUAUUCUAUUGAUGGGAGCCUUGUCGAGACUCGUGGUUUCUUUAGAGAUUGUUACUCAAAACAAAACUACAGCGAGUACUACAGAUAUGGCUCACACGGCACUCAAGGAGCUCGUCGAACGAGCCGUGGAGGAAGCCAGGAAAUUGCCAGGAUUGAGAAGUUCCGAAACCGGAAAAGAAAAGGAACUGAGUAUGACAGAUAGAAGUUAUGAAGAUCUUCUCGCAACUGCCAUACUUAACAAGGUGAUCGAAAAGUUUCAGAAUGAAUACGUAGACGGAAACAGCAACGUCCUUCGCGGAAAGUCCUCGGCCAGACGUACCAAUAUCGAUCCUGGUAGUGCAAACACAAUAGGUGAAUUAAAUUACUUUCUUUCCUCGAUUGGAGGCGAAAUCGAAGCUGGCCUCGAGAAAGGACAAGAAUAUGGUAGCAGUUUGGAUCCACUUUCUCAGGACGAAUACAGUAGUGACUGCAGUGCCGCUCAAGCCAAACAUCUCAAUAAUUCGCAACCACUCUCUCUAACGAUUGAAGAAAGAAUAGAAGAAGCGACAACGACCUAUACAUCGGAUGAUGACAUCAAUCACGAAAACCAAAAUGGUCUCGAUUUUCGAAACAGUCGACGAGUUCCAUUUCCAGAAUUUGGGAUCGACAUCCUCGAUCCAUCUCAAGAUUCAUCAGAUGAAAGUCUGGAAGAUUCAGUUCAGGAUCUCGUCACUCCUGUCGAAUCCUGGGAGGAAAAUUGGCUUUUCCAAAAAAGAAAAAUUCAUGCCAGGUCAGAACCUGUUUCCAUGUUGGUUCCAAACGCAAGUUCAGAAUUCCGAGCUUUAAUUGGUGAUCGAGAUGCCGAAGAUAUUUCGGACCUUUCCGAAUGUUCUGCUCAAUCUGACGAGGAAAUUGAACAGGAAAUUAGAGUCGCAAUAAGCAAUGUCGUUCCUAGAACUUCAGAGUCUGAAAAAGAACCUUUAGAUUUAGAAGCAGUUCAGUUGGAAAGUUCAGAUAAUGCAAAAGAUCAUGAAGUUCUGGACAAUUAUAAAAAGUCUAAUGCCAUUUUGGAAAAUGGAAAGCAGGACAUAAACGAAAAGCAGAAAAUGGGCACUUUAAAUAUUAACGAAAGAAAGGGGUCUUUGGAAUUAUUAAAGACUUCUAACAAGGAAGGUCAUAUUAAAAGGAUAGAUGAGUGUGAAGAAAUAUCAAGAACAAUGUCCUCUCAAAAAGAAAAAUAUCAAACUAAAAAUAAAACUAAUUAUCAAACUGAGAAAAAAGACAAAAUUCCGUCCAGAAUUGAAGCUGUUUUAGUUUCUAAUCAUUCUAGAAUAGAUGAAUCUAUCCAAAAAUGUUCACCAGAAAAUUCCGAAGAAUCAAAAAAUGUAGAAUCAAUUGAUGAAAGUCUGAACAUAAAUUCAAGAAGAUGCCCGAUAACUACUGAAAAUAAUUUCGAAGAAGAAAACAAAAAAAUAAAUCAAUCACUCGGUGAAUCUGAAGACAAGGAUUGUAAAGAAAACAUUCUCGAAGGAAACGUCAGCAAAUCAAAAUUGCUGAUGACGAAUGGACAUCAUAAAGUCGAUGGUGAAGAUGGAAUUCAGCAAGAAAGUGAAUAUACUGAACAUUAUGAUACUGCAACUCAAAAACACAUGGAUAGUUUAACAAUCACUUAUGGCCCAAUGGGGAUUGAUGAAACAGAUGACGUAACUGAUGAACCACCUCCAAUUCCAAAAAUUCCACCUCCUUCCAUAGAAAAUCUCAGGAAGUGUCGCGAGGCUGCGGAGUUCGUUGAAGGUGAGAGGACUUCUCAUAAAACAUACCUAAAAGACAAAAAGGUCGACGGGGAAGCUGAAUUGGCCACUCCACCUCGGCCAGGAACUAUCGCUGAACGCGAGCACAAAAAGUGGGAAAAUGCGACACCAAUCCAAAACAAUCCCUACAGUCAAGAAAAUAUUCAAAAGAGGCUUCUGGAGAGGCAAUAUUCCAGAAGAUCAGAAAUUUCAGGGAACAAUGCUGAAGUUCCCAAAAUGACAGAAAGGCCUCUUCAAAUUUUAUUGGGAGCGAAGAAACUCGACGUAAAGAGGUUUGGGAGAGAUUACUACAUCAACGAUGCUAUGAUACCAAGUGGAGACACACAGACAAAAUCGGGAGGAAAUAGAAGCAGGCCAAGUAGCGCAUUGUCUCAACAUUCAAAUUCUGGAAGCGAUUUUGAACCUCAGCAAAACGAAAAAAAAGUCUCCAGAUGGCAACAGAAUAACGGAUUUAACGAAGAGAGCGAUUUCCAAUCUGUGGAUUCUAGAAACCUGAAAUCAGAAAAAUCUCUUGAAUCGAAACCAACAAACGAAGUCACUCACUGUUUCAACAGCGAAGUGAUAGUUCCUUCAGUCAAUUGGGAGAAUUCUGAGGUUGAAAAUUUAUUAGAAAAAGAAAGGAAGAACAACAAAAAUGAAAUAAAUGCGAGAUUGAAUAACCAGGAAAUUCUGAGCACAAAUUCUCAACCAAUUUCUGACGAGAAGAUCAAAAAAAUUCGUCGUCUCGAUUUAAGAGCUUAUGGAUUUGCAAAUGAUUUUAGAAAUCAAAAUUUCGAAAGCCCGAAGCCAUCGCAACAGAGGGUGGUAAAUAAAUUGGAUUUGAAAUCUUUUGGAUACGAAAGUGGACUUCGAAGAACUCAAUCAAUUCAACUAGACAUCAGAAAUCACAACGAAGAUAAGAAACCAAAGAUUAUCAAAGCUAAAAGCAAAUUUAGUUUGAAUGAGAGAAGGGAAAUUAAAAAUGAGAAGGAUGAUAAUUACGAUUUAACAAAAAGCACAGAAGAAUUAAACCGCGAGGCUUUCCAAUCUGGGGAUUAUUUUGCAAUUCGAGGGAUGUUUUCUGCCAAAUCAGUUCCGAAUAUUGCUGACAGUCAGCAUUAUGAAAGCAGCAUCAAUGUAAAUAUGAUGAAAUGUAAAUACGAAGGAAGGUGUAAAUAUUCUCCUCAAAAUGAUGAGACUGAAGCAGAAAGAAGAAAUGGAAUUGAAAUUAGGAAUCAAAGUAAAGGAGAAAUUAAAGGGAAAAUUUUGGUAAAUUCGGCGGAAAAUAUUUCGCUUCAAAGUGAAACUGAAAGGUCUUCUGAAGAAGGAAGCUCUGGUAAUUUUUUAGAGAAAGAACUGCCUCUGCCUUCUGUGAGAAGAUUGGCUCAAGCCUUCAGCAAAUCGACUGAAAAAUUAAAUCCUCCAAAGGUUUCCAAAAUACCAAACAAAACGCAGAAAAAAAGACCAACAACUCCCGAAAUUCACCUCGUCGAAACUCCAAGGCAAAUGCACAGUUUGACCGCAAGAUCAAUUUCAAAAGAAUUCCGUGACGGUCUUCGACAAAUUCCACACAAAAUGAGUUCACCUUCAGCUAAUCAGGGCACAAUCGAACAAAAAAUUUGCCAAAAUCGAAAAAGCAUUAUCGAGAAUGAGAAAACGAGUUCAUUCGGCGAUAUCAGUACUAUCUCUUCCGGCAAUUUAAAAAACAAUAUUCAAUUCUGGGAGCAGCUCCAGAGGCGAAACUAAAAACCGUUUUUAAAUUUUUAUAUAAAAGUGUAGAUAAUAUAUAUCAAGAAUCAAGGUUUUUAUAGUACUUUAAAAAUAUUUUUCUAUCCUAUUCCUACAUAUGUAAUUAUUGUAAAAUUCUAGUUUUAUGCCAUUUCGAGAGGUAUAAUGUAGUCUGUUUUUCUAUAAAGUUGAGUUCUUAUUUAAGUUAAUAACUUUGUCUUUUUAUCUAAAGUCUAAACUUUUCUUCUUCAUUUAUUACUGAAUCUGGUCUAGGAAAACUGAACGGAGUUCCGUUCAGAGUGAAAAUAUCUGCCAUAUACGUCUGUAAUAAAGAGAUAAGAUUGUAUAUCGAGUACCUUAUAAACUUAUUUGUACAUUUAGAUUUUUUACGUUUCUCUGUUAUUGUUUCCUUCACUGAAUCAAAGUUGUGUAAAGUCAUUUACACACCAUCUUUGCAUAAUAUUUCCUACAAUAGAUUCCGGUUUCCAUUCUUGUGGCUAGCAAGAUUGUGCAACACUGCGGCAAAUGAAAAUAGAACUGCUUAUUUAUCACCAAUUUUUGUUAAAAGGUGGAUGGAGACACUUCAUUUAAUUCCUUAUAGAGUUUAUGGAAAUAAGUUAUUCGUUCGUGCCAAAGGAGACAAGCGAAAAUGUCAUUAUCCAAAGAGUGUGAAUAAAUAAAAUAAUA